AUGGUUUCCGCACUCCCGAUAGUUUGGUUGUUGUUUGCUGCGGCCGCUGCAGGGACAUUACCGCAACCGACCGGCGAUGCAUCCAAAGCGGCCCCGACGUCGUGCGCCUCGGGCGUGCAGAUAUUCGUGGCUCGCGGCUCGACAGAGCGCUCCAGCUUGGGCAGGAUCGCGCCCGUCGCCCAGAGCAUAGCCAACUCCAUACCUGGUAGUUCCAUCACUGCCCUAGACUACCCGGCCAAGAUGAACCCAAUAGUGUAUUUAUUUAGCGUCUCCAAGGGAACCAAGAAUCUUUCCAAGCUUGUUAAAAACUAUGUCGAAAUGUGCCCCCAAAGCAAGAUCGUCUUGAUUGGUUAUUCCCAGGGUGCGCAUGUCGUCGGCGACCUCGUUUGCGGCGCAAGCAGUCUUCCAAUCGUCAGAUCAAAACCAAUCAAUUCCAAUUACAACAAGAAUAUCAUCGCAACGCUUCUUUUUGGCGAUCCAACUCGCGCCGCCAAUCAGUCAUUCGACGUCGGUACCGUAACCAACCGCAACGGCUUUCUCCGGCGACACCGUAACGGCGCCUGCAGCGCUUAUACCAAAACCAUCAAGUCAUGGUGCGACAAGAACGACCGUUGGUGCGAUAAGCAUUCCCCGGAAGGCACAGAUUCCUCAGUUCACAAGACGUACCAAGAAAAGUACAAGGCUGAGGCGACGCAGUUUGUACUGGACCAAUGGAAAUCUAGCCAAGAGACACUUGCUACUUGA